GUGCUGGUAUUACAGGUGUGAACCACUGUGCCUGGCCUUAACAUAUUUUUUAAAUUUUGUUCUUUUCCUUCACAGUUGAAGCACCAUUGGCCAGUUUAUGUACAAUGAGUACUACUGUGGCUAAUAGUUUGCUACUUUUGUUAUGGUUAAUGAUUUCCAAUUUGUCUAAUUUGGUUUAUGACUUUACUAGCCCUUUCGUUUUUAUAUUUAGCAUUCAUUGUACUAAAACAAGAGCACCAACCAACAAAAUAAUCAAACACAUGCACUAAUACUGCAAAAAGAUUGUGACAGUGCCAAAAAACAAUGGUUGAUUGUCAAAUAGUACCACCAUAUGACAACUAGAAAUGUUCUUCAGUAAGUUAAGUGUUAGAGAGGUGACGUGACGCAGGAGUUUAUUAAGUUGCAUAAAAGUCGAAUGUGUGAAAGUCAGGGGCUACCUGAAUAUAUACCAGGGUUUUUUUUUUUUCCCCCAAUAGAUUUAUUUAGAUGAUCCUUGAUAUAUGAUCAUUUAAUGGGUGAUUCUAAGAGUGGUCCUUACAAUGAACUAAGCUGCCCACUUCCCUCUCACUGAGUUCUCUAUAUUUUUCCUCACCUCAACCUAAAUGGUGUUUGCAUUUGCUAAUUUCUGGGAAAUUAGUUAAAGUUAUGCUGAAAAAUAUCUUUUCUCUCCAUGACAUGUAAGACCUUAUUUAUUUUCUACAGCGUUUCUCUGUUUAUAGCUGUCUGCUUGCAUUCUGAUUGGGAACACUGGAAUCAUUUUCAUCAUGCCAACAGUGGUGGUAAUGGAUGUAUCCCUUUCCAUGACCCGACCUGUGUCUAUUGAGGGGUCCGAGGAAUACCAGCGUAAGCACCUAGCAGCCCAUGGUUUGACGAUGCUGUUUGAACACAUGGCCACAAAUUACAAGCUUGAAUUUACAGCACUUGUGGUUUUUUCAUCACUUUGGGAGUUGAUGGUCCCCUUCACGAGAGAUUAUAAUACCCUACAGGAAGCACUAAGUAAUAUGGAUGAUUAUGACAAAACCUGCUUGGAGUCUGCAUUAGUUGGCGUUUGCAAUAUCGUUCAGCAAGAAUGGGGUGGUGCAAUUCCUUGCCAGCUCCAGAGCACCGAUUCCUUGGAAUACCUUGAACGUCUCAUAGAUUUAAACAAUGGUGAAGGGCAGAUUUUUACUAUUGAUGGUCCCCUGUGCUUGAAGAAUGUACAGUCUAUGUUUGGAAAACUGAUAGAUCUGGCAUAUACACCUUUUCAUGCUGUUCUCAAGUGUGGCCACCUAACUGCUGAUGUACAAGUCUUCCCCAGGCCAGAACCUUUUGUUGUAGAUGAAGAAAUUGAUCCUAUUCCUAAAGUCAUUAACACAGAUUUGGAAAUAGUGGGAUUUAUUGAUAUAGCUGAUAUUUCAAGUCCCCCAGUUCUGUCCAGACAUCUGGUCUUACCGAUAGCACUUAACAAAGAAGGUGAUGAGGUGGGUACUGGCAUCACUGAUGACAAUGAAGAUGAAAAUUCAGCCAAUCAGAUUGCCGGCAAAAUACCCAACUUCUGUGUCCUGCUCCAUGGUAGCCUGAAAGUAGAAGGAAUGGUAGCGAUUGUUCAAUUAGGUCCUGAAUGGCAUGGAAUGCUCUACUCCCAAGCUGACAGCAAGAAGAAAUCAAACCUCAUGAUGUCUCUCUUUGAGCCUGGCCCAGAACCUCUCCCAUGGCUAGGGAAAAUGGCACAGUUGGGUCCUAUUUCAGAUGCUAAAGAAAACCCUUAUGGCGAGGAUGACAAUAAGAGCCCAUUCCCCCUGCAGCCCAAAAACAAGCGCAGUUAUGCCCAGAAUGUGACUGUCUGGAUCAAACCCAGUGGCCUGCAGACAGAUGUACAGAAGAUUUUGAGAAAUGCAAGGAAACUACCCGAAAAAACACAGACAUUCUAUAAGGAGCUGAACCGUUUACGAAAGGCCGCUCUAGCCUUUGGUUUCUUGGACCUGCUGAAAGGGGUGGCUGACAUGCUGGAAAGGGAAUGCACACUGCUGCCCGAAACAGCCCACCCUGAUGCUGCAUUCCAGCUGACCCACGCGGCCCAGCAGCUCAAGCUGGCCAGUACCGGCACCUGUGAGUAUGCCGCUUAUGACCAGAACAUCACACCUUUGCAUACAGACUUCUCUGGGAGCAGCACUGAAAGAAUGUGAAACUGACUUUUGGAGCGCUCCUUUUUUCAUUUCAACUGAAAAUGAUUUAGAGUAAAAACCUUUCCAGUAUGUUCACCUCUGGGAUAGCCACCCAAAGACCUUCCUGAGGCUGCCUCAGAAUGACUCCAGUAGCGUGAGAAGGAUGUGAAGGUGGUUGGCUGGUCGGGCUUUAACUUCCUGGGACUCACAAUUUUUAAGCUUGGAAGAUAACUGCUGUUCCCAUGAUGGGCACAUUUCCUGAGAAGCUUGAAUGGCUGAUGAGCACAGAGUACCCCUGCCUUCCUCAGGAAACCGGCAGGAACUCUCUGGCUUUCCGAAAGCUUCGCCUGUUCUCUCCAGUUUCUAUCUCAACUGUUAAGGGCGUUCAUGGAAUGAGCACCUCAGACUGUCUGGAGGUUGCCGAGUACACACCACCACUUUCAGAACUUUCCGCAAAACUUGGGCAAAAUGUGGUGGUAAUUCUUAGAGGCUUCUGAUAUCUCUUGAGAUUCUCACUUUUAAAGGACAACCAUUAAUGUGUAAAAUGAGUCCUGUUUCUUCAAGGUUUUUGUUUUUUUUUUUUAAAUGAAAAUAUUUGAUUUUCUAUAAAAUGGUUUCACUAUGAAACGAAGGGUCCUUUAUCUUUUGGUCUGUCCUAUUACUUGAAUAUAAUUUCAACUUCCUAAGUGGCAUAGAUUCUUAAAUAAUGAGGUUUCCUUAUUUCUGACACUGAUUGAUUAGGCCUCAUUGCCCAAGCAAGGUUCUGGUUAGAUAAUCCUGACAGAUCACUGAUUCCAAAGUUAGUUAUGGUUCCCAUUUAUCAGCUAGCUUUAUGACCUUGGGCAACUACCUGAGGCUUUAUCUGCAUCAUCACUGUUUUUCAGCUGCACCACCUUCCGUGUAAAUCUCAUGUUUCAACCAGAGCAACUGUUUUUGGUUUAACAUGCUGAUUGCUACAUAAUAUUUUGCCUGAACACAGGACUUUUUACGAACAGAAAAGCAUUAGACUAAAUUAUCUUUAAGCACAGUUAUUAGAAUUUGAUUGUAAAUGUUUUAAUGGAAAUACACAAUUGUUCACUCUCUUAAACAGCAAUAAAGGGGUUUGUAACAAUCA